AUGAGGCAUCGAAGCAGGCUUGCGAAGGUGGCUGCAACGCUGGGUGAUUUGUGGAGGGUUGUUUCCCACGGGGAUGGAAUGGAACAUAUGUUAUAUGGAAGAAUUUCCGAUGUAUUUCUGAAUGAUACUGCCCUGCUGCUCUCUGUGACUGUGCUCCUCUCCCUCAUUGUAGUGUUAAUGGGAUGCAUCUGCUGCAAAUAUCGCCUGAGAGGAUUCAAGGAGUUUCGGGACAAUCAGUCUGUCCUGGAUUUGCCUGCAAAUGGAGAAAUUGGUCAGUCUGAACUGUGCAUUUUCCCCCCAUAUGCAGAAGAAAGGCUGAAUGCUCGGCAUGGACCUUCAGGAAACCUCAUUAGGGGAGCCAGUGUUAAUGCUGCAGUAGUGAACCAGUGGUUUGAGAAUCCCCAUGACAACUUUCCUAGGAGCCAGAUCCACUAUCAUAAUUUGAUCGGAAGAGGAUGGUUUGGCCAGGUGAUCCUUGGAAGCAUCCGCAUCUCAGGAGAAGAUGUUGGGAAAGGGAAAGCAGCUGUAGUGAAGGAGCUGCGACCAGAUGCCAACGUGACAGAACAAAUGCAUUUCUUACAUGAUGUGAAUGUCUGCAAAGCUGUCAGUCACCCCAAUGUUUUGGGAUAUCUUGGGCAUUGUCUGGAAACUGAACCGUUCUUGAUACUCCUUGAACAUUGUGCUCUGGGGGAUUUGAAGGAGUUUCUAUUGAUGAAAUUGGGCCAGUCAGAAACCAAGAUUUAUCAAGAUCAUGGGAUUCUGAUUCGCAUGGCACGUGAUGUGGCUGCUGGUUUGGCUGCCAUUCAUCAACAUGACCUGGUUCAUACGGAUCUGGCUUGUCGCAACUGCCUCGUGGUGUCUGAUCUUACCAUCAAAAUUGGGGACUAUGGUCUUGCAACCAGCAAAUAUAAGGGUGAGUAUUAUGUGUGCCAGAAUCGGGCAGUCCCAAUCCGCUGGUGUGCUCCAGAGACACUCCGCUGCACAGAUGAGGCCACCCUGGAAACACUGGAAGUGACAAAGGAGGCCAACAUGUGGACCAUGGGAGUGGUCAUCUGGGAGAUUCUCUCUAUGGGUGAAUUGCCCUAUUCAGAACUUGAGGAUGAGGAUGUCCUUGAUCGUGUUGUGUGUCACAGGAACUACCGCCUCCCUCUCCCAUCUCUUUCCUGCUUGCACAGGGAUCGCCUAUAUCAAGUGAUGCAGCUCUGCUGGCAAGACUCAAUGAUGCGCCCAUCAGCCUCCACGACACACAAUCUUCUGGCUCACUUGCAUGGAAGUCUUGCUGAGGAGGAUGGGACAUCUGAGUUUGAGAACCGCUGGAAUGCUCUCCAAGACAUGAUAGGAAAGCCAGCAGCUGCUUAUAAUGUUGCCCCAGCCUCCAUCUAUGCAGAUGACUCCCUGAAAUUUGAAUCUGAUUUCAACCUCAGUGCUUAUGAAGAAGAUCCACUUCCAGGGAUUGUUAUUGAGGAUCCAGGAGAUAGUCCAGCUCUGAUGCCAAAUUUCCAAAUUGGUGGGAUUUCUCACCCACAACCUCCAGCAGUUCCUGUGCUGGAUACAUUUGCUCCCAAUCUGGACAGCAUCAACCUCAACUUCAGUUCUGAAUUCAAUCAGAUGCCAAGCAUUCUUCUCAAUCGACGGAAUGACUCCAUCAUAGAUCCUGAGGAUGAGAUCUGGAGGCGAAGGGUUGAACGUGGCGAGUUCAGUGAAAAGGUUCGGCAGAAGUCCCAGAGUGUUCAGGACUUCAUGAAACUUAUUCACAUUGAAAACUCCAGCAGUAGUGGAGAGCAGAGUGAAGACGUCAGCCCUGAAACCUCCUUUCGAGCUACAGGAGCAAGUGAUGGGAACCUCACAGAUUCAACACUGAAACAGGACUUCCUUUCUGCACUGGAAGAACUCCAUGCCAUUUCUCGAUCUUCAAAGCUUGGAUCUCGUCUGUCUCAGAGUGUGGGACGCUUGAAUGAGGAUGGCAGUUCGUGUGACAGCUAUGGUGGGGCUGGAUCACUAACAAACCUUGUUUCAUUUUCUCCAUCUGAUGGAAGAUCUCUUGGCAGUGGAGACCAGGUUCAUGAUGGUGAAACAAGUUUAACUAAAGAUAAUUCACAUGUGUCUAAUUGCUCAAAUUAUCAUUCUUCCUCGGAUGUGACAGCUUAUGUGACAGCUCCAAGUACGCUGGACGAAUUGGGGCAUACUUAUGUGAGAUUUGAUAACAUAUCCAGUGAUUUGGAUGAUUCAGGUGCAGACUUUCUGGUGAAUGGAAGAGGAGAUUCUGCACUUUCAAGCACCCCACUUAAACUGAGGCAUCAUGAUACUCAUGUCAGCCAUGAACCUAGUGUAAUCUUGGGUCCAUCUGAUGACUAUGGCCUUGAUUACUUUCAAGCAGUGAAGACAUCUCAUUCUUACCGCAUUCAUCCUGAUGUUCAGGAUCAUGAUAUGGAGACUAAAGAAAAUAAAUCAGGUGCUUGGACCAAUGGCAGCUGGGUGGUGAUUGAUACCCCUCAGCCUUCUAUCUGUGAGGCUGCUGAUGAAACUGGUGAGGAUAUGUGGCAAGAACAGGUGUCAUCCAUGCGUCAACAGGGUGCCAGAGCCAUUGACCUUUUGGAAGAAGCUCAGAAAGAACCUGAGUUCCAAAGAGACGAUCUGACUCAGGAAGACCUAGAAGUGUUGAAAACAAUGCUGCAUAGUCAUCUGGGAUCCACUCCCCUCAUUACAGAACCCCAUGACGAAGACAACAAUCAAGAGGAUCCUGAAGAGCACCAUGAUGAAGUUUAUGUGAAUUACUCUUCAGGGGUCCCACUACUGCUAUCACCAAUUCAUGAGGAAGAUGAGGAAGAGGAUGGAGACAAGCGUGUUACCCUGGAGGACCUGGAGGUGUCUUCAAGUGAUCCUCGCUCAGUGCGCCUAAUAGAUGAGACCCGUGCACGCAUACUCAGUGAAGAUGAAGAUGAUGACGAUUCAGAAGAUGACCAGAUCCUGGUGGUUGAUACUGAGACUCAUGAGGCUUACUUGUGUGAUAAGAGUGAAGCUAGGAGGUCUCAUUCCUUGCCUUAUGAAAAUCCUCGAGUGCCCCAGUCUCAUCCACGUUGGCAGCAUGUUGUUCACCCUCCCACUCCGGAAAGGUUCCAGGAUGGAGAGUUGUCCAUAGAGGAGGAUGGUGAUGGUGCUGAAGAGAUUUGUUAUACACCAGACUGGGAAGAAGGUUCUUCUCCCAGCUCUCACUCUUCUUCCUCGUCUGUGUCCGACGAUUCUUCUACCAGUGGGGAAUACGUCUAUAGUAGGUCUCCUGAAGUGGGGCUAGGGUCUCAAGGUUUGGAUGGAAUCCCUGAAGAGGAGGAAGAAGGAGAAGCCACUCAACCUGAUGUAGCAGUGCCUGCAAACAAGGAGCAAGUUGACCAAAACAAGAACAUGUCUGUGUCCUCAUUUAAGGAAUGGGAACAGGAGGAGGAUGAGGAUGAGAUCCCAGAAGAAUUGGGAGUCGAGGAACUUGACACUCCAGGGAGCAGUGUGUCUGAUGUCAAUCACAACAGGCAACCCAACGAUUCCACAAUACCACUUAUUAAUCUGCUCCUUGGGUUGUGA